AAGUGGGCCUGGGCGGGGCUUCCGGGCACGCGGCGGCCAGCUGGGAGCGCCGUGCUCGGCCGCGCUGAGAGCCCGGGAGGCCGCUCCGCGAUGUUCCGGAUCGAGGGCCUCGCGCCGAAGCUGGACCCCGAGGAGAUGAAACGGAAGAUGCGCGAGGACGUGAUCUCCUCCAUACGGAACUUCCUCAUCUACGUGGCCCUGCUGCGAGUCACUCCUUUUAUCUUAAAGAAGCUGGACAGCAUAUGAAGGCUGGUCAUCACAUGUGAAUGCAGGAUAUGAAGAACCUGAUUACAGUUUCUCCUUCUGUCUGCAAAUGAGUAGGCCCAGAAAGAUGUAAGAGACUCUUUGAUUGAAUGGACCUAAAAAUUCUACUUGUUAAGAAACAAGUUUGACUCUGGUGACUGACCUUCAUAGCUGAAACAAAACUAUUUGGAACGUAUAAAAAGAUAUUUUGUGGUCCUAGAACGCCCGUAUGCCAGUGAUAUUCAGCCUCUGUCAAUGUUGAUAUAACGGUAACUAAUGGCAAAUUCCCUUUUCUAGCAAGUAUCAGUUAUAAGGGAAUUAUGUCUGCGGUGACACUGUCUUGUCAUUUCUGGUCCCCUUUUUACUGCUGUCUGUUGAAGAGUUUCUUACAGCUAGCUGUUUUAUGGAAGCCAGCACACAACCAUGAUGACGUUUAAGCACAGGACCAUUAGACUAUAUUUUUAAUAAAUGUAUUAAUUAAAAAAACUGGGGUUUUGCUUUUC